UCAGACUUCUUCUUCUGCUGCUUUGGAUGAAAGUGAUUUUAAAACUUUUAGUGUUGUUAGUAAUAAUAGUCAGGACAGUCUAUUCAAUGAUGAUAAAAUGUCUAUUUUUUCUUCUCAAGCCACGAUUACAAAAAAUGUUGAUGCUCUUGCAAUAAAUGAAGAAGACAACAAUAGCAAUAGCACUGAAAAAAAUGCUACUGAUAGCACCACCAGCACUAACAAUAAUAAAAAAUCAUCUAAAAAAUUAAUUAGUAGCAAUUAUAGUAAUAACAACAAGAAGAAAAGACCAUAUUCAUCCAUUGAAUCUGAUGAUAAUAACAAUGGUAAUAAUAAUUCACGUCGUAAAGGAGAUUCAACAUUACCAACAUGUGGACAUCCUAAACACGACGAAUAUGCCAAAGUUGUUGGUAAGAUUUAUAAAGGUCAUCCUAAAAAAACAACAACUAAAUUUAUUGGAUUGCCAAAAAGAUUAGAAGCAUGUUUGAAUAUUGAUAGGGGAACUUUGAUGUGCACAAGAUGCAUCCUUCAAACUGAUAAAGAUUCUGAGAAAACUAGUGAUAGAGUUGAAGAAGCUGCAUAUGUAGAAGAGGAUAUAUUAAAUGGUAUUAUAAGAAAUCAUAGUAAUUAUCAUAGAUUUAGUAUUGGUGAAGAUGAUACUGUAAUUGGUUUUGAUGAUAAUGAACUUCUUUUGGAAGAAAAAAAUUAUCGUUCAGACAUAAGCGAUCUCGAUCCACUCGAAAACUCUCCAAUUCCUAUGGUUGCUGCGGCCGUUAGUACAAAAGAUGAUCCAACACUACAACCAAUAACGUUUCGUUUUUGGGCUCUUAGUACGUUUUUCACGAUUCUUGGUGCAGCGAUAUCCCAGUUUUACUACUUUCGUUCAAACGGUGGUACUUACUCCGUAUUCUUCGUAUUGUUGGUAUCUCAUGUUUUUGGUAAAUGGAUGGCUGAUGUUUUACCAACAAAACAAUACCAAAUAUUUAAAUGGAAAUUUUCGCUCAAUCCUGGUCCAUUCAAUAUAAAGGAACAUGUUUGUAUAGCAGUAGCUUCUGCUGCAGGAGGUGGUACAGCAUAUGGAACAGAUAUUAUUGCUAUACAACAAUUAUUUUAUGGUGAAAAUGCUAAUUUUUUAAUGGGAAUCUCGCUAUUAUUGAGCACUCAGAUGAUUGGUUAUGGGUUAGCAGGAUUUUUAAGAAAAUGUAGGUGGAUUGAUUUGUGCAUGGAAAUGGAUUGA